CACACGCAGUAGUCUCGCAGCAGUGCCUUCGGUUGCUUCCCUGGACAGAAUAAAAGCGGGUCAUGCUGUGGCUGAUGUGCUUGGGCCUCUUGCUGGUCUUCAAGGGCGGGGCAGUCUACGUGGAGGAAGAUUGUUUGGUUCAAGAUCGGCUCCGCAUAAAGAAACCAACACCCGAAUCGGCUUCUUUCUUUGCCUACGUCCAACACAAUGGCUCUAUAUUCACGGCAAAAGUGCUCUGUACCUCCCAUCAAGAAUUAUUAUUUCUCAGUGUUACUAAUCAAGACGUUGUUUGGAAAGAAGGAUUUUUAAAUUCCAAUAAACAAGAAACAAGAAAGUCCCCGACAUCAAAAGAGGGAUGGAUGAAAUUUGUUUUCCAAACGGACACCUUACGACUUUCAGACGCCGAAGGACGUCCUUGGACCAGCAUCGAGAUGUCUAAAAAGUGCAACUCCUUCAACAUCACGGUUAAAGGGGUGUUGGCUAAUCAGCUGUGUGACGCGCAGCCAGUGGCUAGUGACCAUGACCGACCUGCGCACACGUCCUCCUCCCGCCUGCGAGUAACAAGACGCUGAGUGUUGGCUCCUUGUCAAACAAAUCCUUCGUUCCUCUUCUCGUAACCGAAGAUUUCAAGGCAAAAUUGGUUCGUCGGAAUGGCGAGUUGGUUCUUGUGCAGGACGAGCGGUGCAGCGGAUGCCAACCUCUGAACGGUGAACGCAAUGUCCUGCGCUUCCCUUUGGAAAC